GUUCUGGCUGAGCUGAUUUAAUGGAGGAAAGCCUGGUUGAACGUGGGUGUGGUCGGACGCUCGCACUACUUCCAUUCAGAAGAUGACCGACCCUGGGCCGUCUCGUCGCCGGAUCAUCGUUGCAGGCCCAUUAGAAGCUCUGGGGCAGUGGACCGAAGAUGCUGACCGAGAAGCGCGCCGUGCACUGCUGACGCUGCCACAUCCGCGCAGUGGUCUUCCAGCGUACUUUUUGCCAUACUGUCGCCGGAACGCGCGGAGGCAGCAAGCGGAGGGGGAGCGAACGGCCUCUGUGAACGACGCCAACAUUGACGGCGAUGCUGACAGAGAUGGCGGCAAAACACUGUCGUCAGGGCCAGCGGAAGAGCCAUCAGCCGCGAAAGACAAGGAUGGCGUACUGGAGCUGGUGGCAAUCAAGCCUGAUACGCAGCAGCGCUCAUGGCUUUUAGGACCAGACAUGAAGAAUCCGCCAGAACCGGUCCAGAUCGGAGCACCCCCGGACGAAGAGCGGGUCGUAGACUCUGUCAUUGGAGAUGGCGCCCUGCACAUGCUUUCACCGAUCGAUCCUCUGUUCCUCAUUCUAUGCCUCUUGGCACCUGCUUUCCCCCUCGAUGCGGACGGGACGUUGUCUUUCCUGACACAAGAGGACAUCUUGGAGCGUGCGGCGCGUCACUGGUCCGCGCGUCUCGCUUCCAGAGGUCUCAUGAAUGACCAUCACAGCGGCAGCAAGAACGGAUGCAUGGCAUCGUCGGGACAGGACGACUGGCGCGAUGUGCUCGAGUUUGGCGAGACGGCCGCUGCGCAAGAGGCGUUCGUGCGAGCCUGUGAUGCUCAAGACGUGUCGGCCGAUCUGCGCGUGUACCGUCUGUCGCGCGCCAAAGUACUCGCGGAGCUAACACAAAAGGUCGACGCGCUCGCAGGCGCAAACGACGCAUUCAUUGCUGCGCCCAACACUCUCGGGCGCAAGUACUGGCCCACAGCUGCAGAGGAAGAGGAAGGGAAGGGGACGGGGCGUAGAGAGUCUCAGAAGAAGGGCAGUAAGGAGUCUGGUGCUGUGCACGCUCGACGGCGAGCGGUGCUGCAGCACGUGCUGACGACGUGGCUGAGCGAUGAAUGGGUGCAGGCUGUUGCGCAGGCGCUGGGCGUCGCGUUGGACCCAGAAGGCAGAAAAUAGGAUGUGCUGCAUGUACAUAUGCAACAUCACCGGAUUAUAAAACUGUUGGAUUGCA